AUCUCCGAGUUGCACGGGAGUGGUGAGGCCAUGCAUGAAGUGGUGGAGUUAGUCAAGUGGCUCAUUUCUAUUGGGGCGAAGGUUGAGACCAUUGGAGCACACCUGCUUCACGCUGUUAUCAGACUCUGUAUCAGAGCAAGAAAGAACCAUCUCUUCAGAUGGUUACUGACUCAGAGGCCACACUUGAAGGACAGGAUCAACCAGAAAGACAGAGAUGGAUACACCCUCCUGCAUGUUGUGGCAUCUUCCAGUGAAUAUUCCCAGAAAAGCAGCCAAACAGAAGAUGUGAUCAUGCUCCUGAAUUUUGGGGUUGAUCCCACUGUUCCAGAUGCACAGUCACGAUAUGUCAUAGACAUCCUGAAAAAGAACAAGAACUUUGAUGCUGUAAAAGCAGUCAGUAAUCACAUUGAGAAACACGCUUCCUCCAAGAACUGCACAGGUACUACACGAGCUCUGUGGCUGCAAGAAGCCGGGAGAGGGAGGGCCAAUAAAGAUUCUUUCCUGGGUGUUCUUGAACGGUUCGUCCAGUUCUACAAGCUUGAAAAUGGAGCACAUAAUAAAAAUGUAUUGAAGGAAGAUGCUGUUAAGCAAUUUCUGAAACUGCUCUCUUCUCUGAAAGAAAUCCCUGCAGGGGCAGUUUGCAACAUCUCCCAUUCCUGUGCUAACAGCUUUGUAAAACAGUUGCUGGAGAAGCAAAUGUGGCACGCGGUUUUACUGCUGCUCACGGGGAAAGCCAGCGGGGAAAACCCGUCAGGUGGAGGACUCUUCAAAACCUGCAGCCUUUCAGACAUUGACAUUGGCAAUGUUAUCCAGCGGUGCGACAGAUUGGAUGAGCAAGUGCACCUCAUAAGAUGCUUGAUUGAACGAGGAGCUCUGCCAGAUGGGCUUGGAACCAACUCUGAAACACCACUGCAAACGUGCCUCAGAAAGAAUUAUUUUGAUCUGGCUUAUUUGCUGCUGACCAAAGGUGCGGAUCCUCGAAACGUCUCCCUUGCACAAGGAGAUACUCCUUUGCACGCUGCAGUUUCCAUCUGUUUAAAUAACAGAGAUGAUACUGGUUUAAACAUCCUGAACUAUCUACUUGAUCUCUUCGCUUCAAAGCCUUCUGACUUUCCGUAUCUUAAUCCAAACACACAGGAUGAGAACGGCAAUACAGUGAUGCAUGUUGUUUUUCAGAGAGGAUUUUCAAGGCAGGCAAAGAGAAUAACAGAGUCACUGGCAAAAUUCGAUGUCAACUUCAAUAUAAAAAACAAAUUGGGAAGAGACGUGAGGCACAGAAUCAAAAAGAAAGACCCACUGCUAAUUGCUUGGAAUAACGCUGUGCUGGAGAGGAAAAAGUACUGGCAGGAUAUAGCAGGGCAGUCAGUUAAAACAGCGAAGCCCAUUCCAGCCUCUGCAAUUUCACCGCCAAAGAGCAAUUCGUCUGGGUCCUCAUUAAAGGCACCAUCUGGCAGCAUGGCACGGAAUGAUUUAAAAAAACCCUGUUCUGUAAAGAUGAAAAAAGAUCAGUUGGCAAAGCAGGAAACAGAAAGUGUAAAUAGCCCCUUAACACUACGGGAAAGUCUGGUGCAAGCAAUCACAGUUUUAAUUCAGCAAUUGAAACUGGGUGAUGUCCUGAGAAAGGAUCAUCCUCCAGUACAAAACCCAUUGUCAGCCCAGACUAAUGUGGAAGAGCGAAGGAGUGAGUCCUUGCAACCUUGUGGAAGUGUAGCUUACCCCAAAGGGAAAAGGGAUGAUUGGGAGAAAAAGGAGGAAUUUCGUGUGGCCCUGCCUAGUGGAGAGAAGGAAGAAUCAGAGGAGAAGAUUCUGGAUAUUGAGGCAUACGUGCAGGAGUUCGAUAACAUGACCUGGGAAAUAGAAUGCACUCCUGAAGCGCUGAAGACCUUGGGCAGCAAAGCUGUGCCUCAUUACCUGAAAACGAAAACUAUAAUGACGAUUAAGCAGCUUGGCAAUGGGGAGUGGACUAGGGGUCUUCAGAAGCCGCUGAAGCAUUUGAAAGCUGAUAUCCAGCUGUACGAAGCCAAGCUGGGCAAAGGUGCAAGGAUGCUGUGGGAGCUUGCGAUUGACUUUUCUCCUCGUUGCAGCGAGAGUGCAGAAAAGAUCAUGGAGACAGAACAGACAAAAAGCCUUCCAGAAAAAUCAGGUAGAGUUUACACAGAAAUGAUCAGAAUUUGGGCCAUUGUUCUCGACCACUGCAAGCUGAACCGUGUCUUAGAGAACAUAUGUGUUUCCUACAAUCGUGGUUUAUCCUGCAUCUUGAGGAAAAAGCUCAAGGGCAUAAGCGAAGGACAUCAGAACCACAAUGUGACAACACAGAAGCGCGUUCCGCGUUGCUACAUUGAAGACUCGGAAGCAGAAAAAUCUAAAGAACACACUAUACCCGAGUAUUUCCCUCCAGCCAGUGCAGCAGAAUUGGAAUACAACAUAAUGAAAUUUCACAGCUUCAGUACCAACAUGGCACUCAACAUUAUAAACGAUGUACAUUCCUCUGCUGAAUACCCUUUCCGAGUUGGGGAGCUGGAGUAUGCCGUGAUCAAUCUUAAUCCGAAGCCAAUGGAGCCUAUCAUUUUAAUUGGGCGAAGCGGAACGGGGAAGACAACUUGCUGCUUAUAUAGGCUUUGGAAGAAAUUUUACUCGUACUGGGAAAAAUCCACCCUGGCAAAUGGUCCUCUGCUGGAGAGGCAAACGUGGCAGCAAAGACAGUGCAGUGAGACUGAAAAAGCCAGGUUAGAGGAGGAAGAGUGUGAACUAAAUCAGGACAGUGAUGAUUCAAGUGAGGAGCAGAUGAGUGAUGAGCAAGACCAGGACAAUGAGGAUGCAAAGAGCACAGCUAGUGCUGAAGUGAAUUCAUGUGAUGACCACGAAGACAACCAAACAUGUGGUGCAGAAGCAUUGAACAGGCUGGAGCACCUGCACCAGAUCUUUGUGACAAAAAAUCCUGUCUUGUGCAAAGAAGUUCAGAAGAAUUUUAUUGAGCUUAGCAAGUCCUCCAAGGUAACCAGUCACUUCAAGCCUCUGGAGCCAAAUGUUCACAAGCUACAAGACAUUAAAGAUGAAAACUUCCCGCUGUUUGUCACCUCCAAGCAGUUGUUGCUGUUACUGGAUGCCUCCAUGCCUGACCCAUUUUUUCCAAGAAAUGAGGAUGGGAGCCUUAAGAGAGUCAUUGUUGGUUGGAGUCCUCAGGAAGACUUGGUUAUACCGAAUUGGCAAGAUGAGGAUGAAGAAGGUAAUGUUGAAGCAGAACAAGGUGACGAUGAAGGAGCUGCAGAUACGUACUCUAGGGAAAGCGAUCCUCGGACUUUUGUGACUUACGAUAUAUUUGCAAAUGAAAUGUGGCCAAAAAUGAUAAAAGGUAAAAGUGUGUACAAUCCAGCGCUGGUCUGGAAGGAAAUAAAAUCAUUUCUGAAGGGCUCUUUUGAGGCACUGAGUUGCUUUGGGGGCAGACUCACUGAGGAGGAGUACAAAAAGCUAGGCCGAAAGAGAUCACCAAACUUCACUGAAGACAGGAGCGAAAUCUACCACCUCUUUUGCCUCUAUCAGCAGAUGCGAUCACAGAGAGGUUACUUUGAUGAAGAAGAUCUGCUGUAUAAUUUAUCUCGAAGGCUCUCAAAGCUCAGGGAGCUGCCGUGGUCCAUCCACGAGUUUUAUGGUGAUGAGAUACAGGAUUUCACCCAAGCCGAGCUGGCACUGUUGAUGAAGUGCGUCAAUGACCCUAAUGCCAUGUUUCUGACUGGAGACACGGCCCAGAGCAUCAUGAAAGGAGUUGCUUUUCGUUUCAGUGAUCUGAGGUCACUGUUUCAUUAUGCGAGCAAGAACUCCAUCAACAAGAAGCAGCGUGUUAGAAAACCAAAAAGGAUCUAUCAGCUGUACCAGAACUACAGGUCUCAUUCAGGUAUUCUCCAUUUAGCAUCCGGAGUGGUUGAUUUGCUUCAGCAUUAUUUCCCAGAAUCUUUUGAUCGGCUUCCUAAGGACUGUGGUCUCUUUGAUGGACCAAAACCUACGGUCUUGGAGUCCUGCAGUGUUAGUGACCUAGCAAUUCUGUUGAGGGGCAAUAAAAGGAAAACGCAACCCAUUGAAUUUGGAGCACAUCAGGUGGUAUUAGUGGCAAAUGAAACUGCAAAGGAGAAGAUACCAGAAGAACUUAGUUUAGCACUUGUACUGACAAUUUAUGAAGCGAAGGGCUUAGAAUUUGAUGAUGUGCUCCUUUACAACUUCUUCACCGAUUCAGAGGCUAGCAAAGAAUGGAAGAUCAUUUCUUCUUAUGCUCCUGAUUCAGAUGUGCAAGUAGGAAGCAAAUUGCUGAUCGAAAUGCCUUUAGAUGAUGCCAUUGGUACGCAGAAAAGAACUCCCUUUAACAAAGAAAUGUACAAGAUGCUGAAUGGAGAACUAAAGCAAUUGUAUACAGCCGUUACAAGAGCCAGAGUCAAUCUUUGGAUCUUUGAUGAAGACAGUGAUAAACGGGCUCCAGCUUUUAAGUAUUUCAUCAAAAGAGGAUUUGUUCAGGUUGUCAAAGCGGAUGAAAAGAAAGACUUGGAUGACAGCAUGUUUGCUAAAACUUCAACACCAGAAGAAUGGAUUGGACAGGGAGACUACUAUGCUAAACAUCACUUCUGGGAGGUAGCAGCCAAAUGUUACCAAAAGGGAGGAGCAACUGAGAAGUCCAAACUGGCGCUGGCGCACGAUGCUGUUCUCAAAGUGCACACCAAGAAAAGCAGCCCCAGGGAAAAACAGAUGGAAUAUAUGACACUGGCUAAAACUUACUUGGAAUGUGGAGAACCAAAACUAUCACUAAAAUGUCUGUUUCAAUCAAAGGAGUUCUGGCUUUGCGCAGAGCUGUGUAAAAAGUUGGGAAAGGUGAAAGAUGCUGCAGUUUACUAUCAGAAAAGCCAGUGCUAUAAAGAAGCAUCGGAAUGUUAUGAACAAAUUGAGGAGUUUGAUCUGGCUGUUAAAAUGUAUUGUCAGGAAGAACUCUAUGAAGAAGCAGCAAAGGCAGUUGAAAGGUAUGAAGAGAUGUUAAAUACGAAAGGACAAAUGGGUUCCAAACUCUCGUGUACAGCGAAUCAAUUGUAUUUGGAAGCAGCCGCAAAGUACCUGAGCAUGAACAGAACGGAGGAAAUGAUGCGAGUCCUCUUAAAAGUCGAUAUAGAGGAUCAGCUUGAGUUUCUGAAGUCUCGUGGGUGCUUGCACCAAACUGCAGACUUGCUGAAAAGGGAGGGUCGAGAGGAAGAAGCUGCGAAGCUGAUGAAACAGCAUGGGUUUGCUCUGGAAGCAGCCAACCUCACGGCUAUCAAAGAGUUUCGUGCGUCGUGUUUGCUUGCAGCAGCGCGCGCUGGCUUGUCUCGCAGUUUGGAAUUGGACCUGGCAAACAUGGAGGUCAUCCUCAGAGAAGCCCUGGAGCUCUGCAAACAAACCGAGCAGAAGUCUGGCAUUGCCGAGGCUGUGUUUUUGCAGGGAGUUCUGCAGGGAGACUUUGCGAAGCUGAGCAGUGCAUACUGUCUGUUCCUCUCCCUGAAUCAUUCUGCUGGCGCGGUUGAAGCUCUCUUUGCAUUAUCACGCUGCAGCGCUCCUAGCCAGAAAAUCCUCUUUAUGGCCACAGACGGCUUAAUGGCUCUUCUGAGCUUGGUUAGGGGUUUGAAGAAAGCAGCCACCAAUGCGGAGAAAGAUAUGGUGAAGUCUUGCUUUGCCUAUUUUGGGAUUGUCCCAACAGGUGACACUUGCCAGGUGUCUCAAAAUGAAGCUGAACCCAUUCUCAAGUUUUUGCCAGACAAGCGAAGUCUAAAGGAGAGGAAGACGAAAGGCGAUCUCUCAGUAAGCACAGAGGAGGUAAAAUCAGCUUUGAAGCAGCACCUGUUAAGCAGGCUGUGCUCUAUCACCUACGAGUUACUGAGCAAGCAUUACCCAGAUAUUUGCAGGAAGUUCAUCGUUGGCUUGAGCUGUGAAGAUGAAGCCUGCCAGGAUUACCAUAAGCCCUUGUUGCGUCAUGAAGCAAAGACAGUAUUUGAGUGUAAAAUGUAUCUGGUGGCAAUAAACGGAUUGUUGGUGGAAGCUGCACACACUUUCCCUAAAGAGCUACUGAGCCAGUGGCUGACCUUUGACCGUUUGACCACUGACAAAUAUGCCUCAUGUAAAGCUCUCCUAGACAUGUCUUUUCCAAGUCAUUUUCAUUUGAGAAUACUGUCCGAGAACCCAAAGGCAUGCAAGGAAAUACUGGAAUUCAGCAGUGUUAUUUCUAAACCCUGCAGAGCGGUGUUGAAGGAGUACAUCAUGUUUAAGUUUCGAAAUGAAACCACUGCAGCCAGAAGAGAAUCAACAGACCUGUGGUUAAGUGCCAUGCAAGCUUUCAUCUUAUCUUCAGGAUAUCCUGAGGAAUUUGAGAAGCUUCUUCUUAAGGAGGAGGAUGAUUAUAACAAAGAGCUAACCAUUGCUUUGUCGAAGGCGAAGAACUGCCCAAAGAGUAAAGGCCAAAGAGGAAAGGCCAAAGGAAUAGAGGGGAGGCAUGGUAUGUUGCUACCUGACAAAAAUGCUGAAAAUACAGGACGAACACACUUGUGCUUCAUUCGGCUUCUUGAAAAUUCACUUGAGCAAUUCUAUGUUCAUGAAAACCCAGAAAACUGCAAAAGGGUUUUUUUCCGUUUUAUGAACGUCCUGGUUAAGAAAUGCACAAAGUACCUGAUUCCAAGCAUAGGAAACACGGUGAUGUUGUUGGAAUUCCAGUAUAUUCUCUGUUGUGCUGUCCUGAUGCGUCUCUCCAAGAACACUACGGUCUGCUUUCCAAAGAGUUAUAUUGCUCUGAUUCAUUACUGGGAGUUUCUAUUCAGGAGCAAGGACCGCAGAAGAGACACGUUUUCUAUCAUACAGGACUACAGACCAAAGGACGUGUAUGUAGCCAUACAGAAUUUCAGAUUUCAUCUCUGUUACCUGACAGAGGUUUUGUGUGGAGUUUAUGGGAGGUUCAGCGUCCUUCUGGAUGCUUUCGAGGACCCUGAUUGCGUAACUUCAGGGGAGGCUGAACGAGCAUUAGUGCUGGGCUUGGUGAUGCUGCUGAAUGCUGACCAGGUGCAGAAUUCCAAGUCGAGAUCCCUCGUAUGCCAGUGCUUUCCUGAAAUCAGGGCGAUGCUGCAAUCAAUGAGAAAAGAGUCUCCCUCUAAAGUGCCUGAAAGGUUGCUGAGGGUUGUGGAGCAAGUGAGUGGUGCUACGCAUCUAAGAGAAAUUGUCACAGGCCUGCAGGAGCUGCUGUUCAUGCGGGACGCUGAGUACUUGGUUGACUGCCGAUGGAGGUGGGACUCUGCAUAUACCCAGGGCCAUCCACCCAUCCGGGGCAUCCUGUAUGAAAGUAUAAACCCCAACAGGUUUAUGAUCUCUUUGGAUAAGGUGGAAUACUCUGAGGAGCUCGAAAGGGAGCUCGAAAGGGUUCAUUGCUUAGAGGACCAGAAGGAUCCCCUGGAAGUCAUCGCGCUCAGCAAGCAGCAGAAGCAACAGCAGAAAGCAUCUGCUCAGCGCCAGCUGCGUCGUAUCUUCCACUUUGUUUCCCUGUGCAUAAAGUGGAAGAGGAAGGCCUGCUCCAGAGCCGAGCCUGUUGCAAUGGCAAGAGAGGAGGAAUUUCUGUCUGAGAUCUUCAAAAAAGCAGAUAUUGACCAAACUCAGUGUGAUCUCUGUGGAGUCAGGUUUAUCCAGAGCUCUGAAAACUAUUUCAGCCGGGCAGAAAACAUGGAGGCUGACCCUUAUGAAGAUGAGACACCAGCAGACAUCAGCGAGGAGGAGAAGCUGCUUGUGGAAGGAAAUGUGGUUUCAGUGGCCAGCGAGGCUUAUGUGGAGCACAGGAACACAGACGAGCACAGAAAUAAUAACGCUGCCUACCAAUACUAUGCAGACUUUUUCAGAAGAAAGAUAGAUCCAAUAAUAUAUGAUGGACUGGAGGUAGUGGAGGCCAUCACAGAAAAGACUUACACCCACAAUCAUUUAGCAUAUAAAGAGGGUUCCAACUUACGCCAGAGAAAAGUCAAAGAGAACAUCAAGAAGAUUUCAGAUGCAGUAGAGGAGAUCUAUGAAAGAAAAGCCUGGGCUAAAGCUGAAGAAAUCAUAACCAAACACACCACCAAACUGGUUGCCACCAUUGAUGAGGCUCGUAAGUGGCUGAAGAAAAUAGAUUCUCAUAGGAUAAAAGAAGAAGGCUCAGAGCAUGAUCAAGACUUGGAAAAUCAGGUGGAAGACGAAAGCAUGGUUUUUGAAGAACUUUUCUAUAAAAAACCCUCAAGAAGAAAAGGAAGAUGUGGGAGGCUGUAA